AUGCCUGCCAAACGUAACACAGACGAGCGCAAACGGAAAGUCCGAACCGAGCAUGCCCCCUACAAACCGCAAGAAGACUUGAUGAAAGUCGUUCAAGAUUUGAAGGCACGAAGGAGGAUCAUUGGGGCUCCUCUCACGUUGGAGGAGAUGCUGAACCCGGUUGGCGGUGACGAGAUCGGAGAAAGGGAGUUUCAUUUUGAGGAUGAUGAUGAGAUCGUGGCCAGGGUUCGUCAUGAACAAGCUGUGGCUAGAGGAGAGGUCAUUGAGCUGGAUUCCGAAGAUGAAGAGGAUGACGAUCACCCUCGACUGUCAACCCGCGAGAUCAUGGAUCUUUGCACCCAGCUUGAGCGCGCAUGA